UGAGCCUCAAAACCCUCCUUUACCGGUAACUCUUAAGGUUUUAGUGGACAUGGAGGUGAACCCACCCAAGCAGGAGCAUUUACUGGCGCUGAAAGGUCCUGUUUCUUCCUUCUCAUCAGUGCAGAAUGUGAAAAGAAAGACAAGGAAAUCUUAUAACUAUGAAUUUAAGUCCUAGUGCUGCGGAUCCCGACCAAGAAAUAUUGUAUCCCCAUUAUUAGUAUCUGGACUUGGGCAGAAUGAGUACAGAGGUAGUAUUAUACUAUCGACCAUGUGAAAAUGAACCUACACGAUUAUACAAAGUCACAGAAGAAGCUAUUAAUGAGUUUCCUACUCGUCCACUAUUGAAAUUUAUACCUUGGUUUUCAAAUGAUAUAAUAAAACUUCCCCUCAAACCUAAGAGACUACCACCAGUUAUUUCUGGUGAGGCAGCUAAAGAAAUGGACCAAGACUUUAUCUUUUCAGAGCAUCACAGUAAGGCUCAGAAUUAUGAUUGUACAGUGGGCCUUCUGGAGUUUCAACCAAAUGUGGAAAAGAGGAGGUGUUUAACUCAGGCACAAACACUGGAUGAACAAAUUAGUUGUGGAAAUCGAGAUGAACAAAACAAAACAAAACGACUAUUGAAAAGAUCUUGGAGUGUUUCCGUUUCCAAGAAUUUUACAGAAAAGAUUUUGCCUUUAUCUAAAGAAUUACAACAGAGUUUAGAAAAAUUAAAGCUACAUUCAUUAUAUAGAGCAAGGUGGACAAUAGAA